UGUUCAGUCGUUCAGUGUUGAAACUGUUGAAUGAGAUAAACACGUGGAGUUGCCGAGAACACAGAUUAGAGUUUCGGACGGAAUAGAAUAACAUUUACAGUUCACAGUGAAUGAAGAAAAAUAAAUGACUAUGGCUAACAAGAAGAAAGUAAAGGCUUAUGUGAAGAAGAAACGCACGCCGGAGAGUAAAAUAAUCGAGGGGUUACGGUCCAAGUACAACACUAUAGACGUUACGAAAGCAACCAAGUUCAACGACCUCCCUCUAUCGCGACCUACUCUGAAGGGUUUAGCGGAGAACGACUACGUUGAGAUGACGGAUAUUCAGAGGCAGAGCAUCGGCUUGGCUUUGCAGGGCAACGAUAUCUUGGGGGCUGCGAAAACCGGCAGCGGCAAGACGCUGGCAUUUCUCAUACCGGUAUUGGAAAUUUUGUAUUGCAAACAAUGGACAAGAUUGGAUGGCCUAGGUGCAUUAAUUAUUACGCCAACGAGAGAGCUGGCGUAUCAGAUAUACGAGACGUUGCGGAAAGUGGGUCACUACCACGAUAUUUCAGCAGGCUUGAUCAUAGGGGGGAAGGAUUUGAAAUUCGAGAAGAAACGUAUGGACCAGUGCAAUGUAGUUAUAUGUACACCGGGACGUUUGCUCCAGCAUAUGGACGAGAAUCCAUUAUUCAAUUGUGUAAAUAUGCAGAUAUUAGUGUUGGAUGAAGCGGAUCGUUGCUUAGAUAUGGGUUUCGAGAAGACCAUGAAUUCCAUUAUUGAAAACUUGCCCCUUGAAAGGAAGACUUUGCUCUUUUCAGCGACUCAGACUAAAUCCGUGAAAGAUCUGGCGAGGUUAAGUCUCAAAGACCCGUUGUACGUGUCUGUGCACGAGCAUUCUGCACACAGCACGCCGGAGAACCUGCAACAAAGUUACGUUGUAUGUUCCUUGGAAGAUAAAUUGGCAAUGCUGUGGUCCUUCAUAAGAAAUCAUACAAAGCAGAAGAUUAUCGUGUUCUUUUCCAGCUGCAAACAAGUGAAAUACGUGUAUGAAGCGUUUUGUCGAUUGCGGCCGGGGGUCAGUUUAUUAGCUCUUUACGGCACACUUCAUCAACUGAGAAGAAUAAGUAUUUACGAGUCAUUUUGCAAGAAGCAGCACGCUGUUUUAUUCGCGACUGAUAUUGCCGCUCGCGGAUUAGACUUUCCUGCUGUAAAUUGGGUGAUUCAAAUGGACUGUCCGGAAGACGUCAAUGCCUACAUACACAGAGCAGGCAGAACCGCCAGGUUUAAAAGUGGUGGUGAAUCUCUCUUAGUUUUGUUACCGUCUGAAGAAGCGAUAAUUGAGAGACUUCAGCAACGUAAAAUCCCAAUAAAUAUGAUAAAGAUCAAUCCAAACAAGUUGCAGUCGCCACAUCGUAAACUCGAAGCUUUAUUGGCGCGAGAUGUGGCAUUGAAAGAAACAGCUCAGAGAGCGUUUGUAUCGUACGUCAAAUCGGUUUUCCUAAUGAAGGAUAAAGAGAUCUUCAAUGUGCAUGCUUUAAACACGGACGCAUAUGCCAAAUCGUUAGGUUUAGCCAUACCUCCGAGAAUCCGAUUCUUACAAAGAAUGCAGAAGAAAAUGUCGAAUAAUAACGUUAAGACUGAAAAAGAAAUAGAUCAAAUUUCAACUGAUUCGGCAGACAACAGCGAACAAGAAGAUAGCGAGGAUAACUCUGACAAAAAUGAAAUUCUCGAUAAUAAAAAUAAUGAAAGAAGAAUAGUUAAAAAGGAGAAUACUGCUGCUCUUCAGUUUGAUGAUAGUGACGACGAAGAUAUAUUAACUAUAAAAAGAAAAAAUAUAGAUAUUGAUGAUAUUCCAGUAACAGAGAAUGAGGACAAAAAGACUUCGACGAAAAAGAAAUCUGUUACAAAGGUCGCAUUGGCCAAAAAGAUUCUCAAAAAGAAGAUUAUACCUAAUAAGAAGAUUAUAUUUGAUGAUGAGGGACAAGAAUUAGUCGAUCCUACCAAAACAAAAAUGUCAGAAUUAGCACGGCAGUACGAGAAUGAAGUCGAUUCUGGUAUUAAUAUCGAAAUGGCCAAACAAAUUUUACGCGAGGAGGACCAGUACGAUAAACAAAGAUUUAGAGAAAAAAUUAAAGAAAGACACAGAGAGGAGAAGAGGAAACUGAAGGUUGCUCAAAAGGGAGAAACGAAUGACAAAGGAGACGAAGAUGCUGGUGAUGAUUACGGUAGCGAAAGUGAGGCUGGUGAAGGUCCAGAUAUCUCGUGGUUACCUGAUCCAGAUAAGAUAUAUGGCAAGCAACAAGAUCAAGACGAAGAAAUAUCAACUGCCAACGAAUCUGAAGAAGAUGAAGAAUCUGAGGAGGAAAGCAUAGUUCACAGGCCGUCCAAAAGAAAAUUAAUAACGCAAGAGGAGUAUAAGGGGAAGAAGAAACAAAAGGUAUCCUAUGUUGACGAUCUACAGGCCGACGAGGAAUUAGCGUUACAAUUAAUACAGAGUUAGCACCAAGUGCAUAUUUAGAGAAAUGUAAAUUUAUACAUUUUAUUUAUGAACGCGGCGGUAUGUACACUUUACAAUAUAACGUUUUUAUCUUAAAAGUAAAGUGUAAUUUUACAUCUUGUGUCAUGAUAUUAGUUCAACUAAAUAAAAUUGUACUAAGGCGGCAUA